GAUCGGAGACAAAGGAUAGUGCCACCAGUCCGAGUGACGGCGAGGGAGCAGGCUUCACCGAGCAACAGCUAGCGACUCUGUUGAAGCUGAUAGGAGAGAGCAGCCGUCACCAGUUCCAGGAGUUGAAGGACGAGCUGCGAAGCCUUUCGCAGCAGAGAGCGAGCACAGGACCGCCAGAGACCAAGACCGAGGCGGUCCACGAGACAGAGGGUGCGGGCCGGCACGCUCGCGACGACCCGUGGGCCCAGGACGACCCGUGGGGCGGCCGGCAGGAGCCAGAUGAGCAGCCAGCAGGGAAGUGGGAGCGAGGCACCUCGUGGGGAGGUACACGCGAACCCUGGUGGCAGAGCUCAGACGGCAAGAGCCACGGCUACGACGGGAACAAGAAGGACGACGACGACGGACAGUGGACAUGGAGAGGCCACGACUGGAGCUCCUCCAGUUGGUCAUGGCACGAGAAGUCCUGGUCCAAGCCAGACUACUCGGACCCAGAUCCGUGGAUGGGGUGGACAGACUUUCGCAUAUGGCGCCGCAAGAUCAAGCGCUGGCUCUCGUCCACAGACGUACCGAUUCAGAAGAGAUCCGACAAGUUGUUGAAGACGCUGGACUUAGAGCUCCAGCGCAAGAUGGAAGACAUCAGCGACGACGUCCUGAUGUCAAGUGUAGGCCCGGACCUGAUCGUGAAGCGGCUCGACACGAUGAGCGGCAAGAGAGUAGAUGAUGAAGAUCGCCGGGCAGCCCGAGAGUGCCUCUUCGGGUACCAGCGCAAGGCGGGGGAGACUUUGUCCAUGUACGCCGCGCGCAUGGAGCAGCAGUUCGAUUUAUUACGUGCCCAGGGACUCCCACUGCCAGACAAGUGGAUGCACCUCUUCAUGGAGGAAGGGGUGAACCUGGAUGACAGUGGCAAGCAGAUGCUGAGAGUGCUGACGCGCGGCUCGGGCAAGUACGAAGAUCUCCAGAACGCCAUCAGGGAGCUCGAUCUGUCCAAGACCGAGUCCUUGACCGGAGCCGCCCGCACAGCACGCACGUACCUUGGCGAGGACGUCGAAGAAGGCUCUGGCACGUAUCACGGAGAGCAGGAUGACGAAUCUGAGCUGUCGGUGGACACCGACAUGGAGAACGAGAGAGACCGCCUCAGCAUCGAGCAACUGAUGAAGGUCACCAGGUGCAAGAAGUGCCGGAAGAAGGGCCACUGGUCCAGAGAGUGCCCAGAGAACAAGCAGUCCUCGACCAACGGCUUCGUGUUUCUGAACGAGCCGUCCGCCGACGCUUCGGGGCUCGUCCUGGCCACUCUCAGCGAGGCGGUCAAGCGCUGCGAGGAGGCCCUCCGCAGUCUCCCCAGCCAGGCGACGGCCCCGGACACCUUCCUGACCACCGAGGGCGGCAAGAUCAUCGUGGACACCGCAGCGGCGCAAGGCCUCAUUGGCCCCCAGUCGCUGGCUCUUCUGGAGAAAAGGUUGAGUGAGUUAGGGUACCAGGUAGUCCGUGUUAAGAGUAGCAACAGGUUUGCCCGGGGCGUUGGGGGACACAUUCCUGUCGAAUCCGGCACCCUGGUCCCCCUAGGCCUGGAGGGCCGCGGAGGCGUCAUGCAGAUAGACCUCGUGAAUCAGGAGCUCCCGGCACUCAUGCCAGUGGGCAUGCAAGAAAUGCUGGGGGCCGUCAUCGAUUUGCCCCGGGGCCGUGUACAGUUCACUCAGCUGGGAGUCGAGACCCCACUCGAGAAGCUCCCGAGCGGCCAUCGAGUGGUGAGUAUCGAUCGCUUGGGCCCUCCCGCCGAAUUCGAAGUGCCUGCUGCUGUGGCGGCCAAGUGCGACUUGAAGCCGGGGGCCUUUUGCCUUUCUCCCAAGUACAAGGUCUGGAUCGCGACGAAUCAGCCGAUCCCCGAAGGCAUCACGAAAGGGGAGUUCCGCUGGGCAGCCCUGGCCAGUCGCUCGCUGAUACGCGAGGAGACGCUCGGGGCCAAUCUUCUGACGAUGAGUGUCACGGGCCGCCUCUUCCCGCAGGACUGGCCCAGGAGAAUGCGCAUCAUAGACUCGAGACAGUUGGAGUGCCGUCAUCCCCUCGACCAGGAGAUGCUGCUGGGCAACCGUCAUGCGAAGUGGCACAAGUGCGGCAGCUGUGCCCCGAGGCUGAGCUACGAGUCCACGCCCAUCCUGAAGGGAGAGUCCAAGGCGCCGAGGCAGUGUCCUCCGGUGACACGCCCGAGCGCUCGCAGAGCUCGCGGGACGGCGCAGGGCAUUCUCGAGUCCAGUAUGGCGUCCACGAAGCCGGAGGCCGGAGCACCUUUCACGCCGACGACGGUGAGAGGCUACCGCCCAGGGCCCCCGAUGAAGGAGUACGAGCACAUGGAGGUGGACGCUCUUCCUCGGAGACGCGGUCGGGCGCCCAUGGAGCAGCCCGAGGAGGACACUCUGAAGGCGCAGCAGGACAUGCUGAAGACCCAGGAGAAGAUCCUGGAGAUGCUCGGGCAGGUCCAAGGGCAGGUGGCGACUCAGGGAGCCGCACUGGCAAGCCAGCAGGAGGCCAUCCAGUGCCUCCAGGCCCACACCCAGAGCCAUGCGCUGGUCAUCGCGAACGCCACAACGGGGGCUUCGCAGGCUGCCGCGGCUGCUGCCAGCUCGGGUGUGACGGUGAACGGAUGGCAGGACGUCUCGCACCUUUCCCCAGCCGAGCAGAUCCAGUACGUCAAGACCUCGGCUCCCGACGGUCCGGUGACGCUCAAUCUACCUUUUCCCGGCGUGACGCGCCAGUGGGUGGAGAAGGGCGAGAUCUACUUCGAGACGGAUCCUGGGACGCUCUUCCUGAUCGGUCCGAACCUAGAGGCGGUGCCGGCGAAGCGCCUGAGCUAGGAACGACUCAAUGCCUCGACUGGGACAGUCUGACCCGAGAGCUGAAGCUGGAAGGACACCAGGCCGCAGACAUACAGCGAGCCGUCGUCAAUGAGCUGAGCGCAGACCCCAGUCAAUUGUUUUAUGUGCCAUAUUGCUCCGACGAGCGAGGUCAGAG